AUGAUGAACGAUACGAACAACCCGGCUGUGGCCAUUGAUGAAGAACUUUAUCCAGCCUUGAUACAGUGUUUCUUUAUCAUUGGCGUCGGUUACGUAGCCGGACAAUUGAAUUUGCUGACGAAUACUCAAUCGAUCGGUCUUUCACGCUACAUUAGUAACUUCGCUUUACCCGCUGUGAUAUUUAAAAAUCUUGUUAACGUACAUUUCCAAAGUGUAUCAUGGGCUUUUCUUGGCUCGGUAUUUAUUGCUAAAGCAGCUGUUUUUCUGAUCACGGUCAUUGUUACUUGUUUCGGUGAACGUCCAAGGAAUUUCGCCAGUAUGGGCUUAUACGCAAUAAUGACAUCUCAAAGCAAUGAUUUUGCAUUGAUUCUUCCGAUAAUCAAUGCGGUUUAUAAGCAAUCCCAUCCAGAUUAUGAACGAUACAUCUAUCUGAUUGCACCAAUAUCUUUAGUCAUACUCAAUCCGAUUGGUAUCCUUCUAAUCGAAAUUCAAAAGCGUUUCAAUCAUGGAAAUCAAAAUCGACACAUUCAUGCGCGCGAACGCUUUCAGCUAUUGAAAAUCAUUCUAAAAAAUAUUAGUCGAAAUCCGAUUGUCAUAUGUACAAUACUAGGUGUGAUAUUUAAUCGCAUAUUUAACGAACAUCUACCUAAUCUUAUCGAUCAUAUAUUAACACCGGUAGCGCAAUCGUUUAGUUCGACUGCAUUGUUCUAUCUAGGUUUAACAAUGGUCGGAAAAUUAAGUCGCCUUCAUGCCCAUCUGGUUAUAACCGUGUUUAUCUUGAGUAUGAUCAAAUUAAUUGUCUUUCCAUUAGUAUUACGUCAAGCUAUUUUCUUUCUUCUGAAACCCGUCAAUGGAAGUUUGAAUAGUACUAUCGAUUAUUCGAAUUUCGGAUUUCUAUAUGGGACAGCACCGACUGCUCCAUCUGUGAUAUUUUAUGUACCAGAAUCCUUUGCAGCGUUGCAAGCAAUUGCUUCUACAGGUUUAGUGGUGUCAACGCUACUCGCAGGACCGAUUAUGUUAGUGUCAGCUAAAAUGAUUAAUCUAAACGCACUGGAUAUUAUUAAAGCUCAAUCAUAUGACUCCAGUUUAGUUAAAACUGCAUAUGAUCUGAGUGUUUUAUCGUUAUUUUGUACUAUUAUUGUUUUGAUUGGAUUUGGUUUGCGACGUCGUUUGUUAAAAAUAUCGUUUGUACAUAAAUAUACAUUCAUUUUCGUUGGUCUUCAAAUGAUUCAUGCGAUGUGGACAAUAGCUAUUCAAUGUGUACCGACGCCCAUAUCGACUACUGCGGCAACUAUUGUUGAAUUAGGUGGUAUUAUGGUCGCGCUGGUUACUCGUGCAUGGGCAACAAGUGUUUCAAUUGUUCUCAUGAUAACCAUAUGUUACUCGAAACAGCGAGCUCUUCGAUAUUGGUGGUUGUAUCAUUUAUUUGGUUGGCUUGCACCAUUGAUUACAACAGUUGCUACCUUUCUGGCAUCUACUGUUGCUGCUAAAGAUGGCGAUCCGAAAACAAGACUCCAGCAAAUUACCACAUUGCAAUACAGUGCUGCAAUAGUUCUACUUGCUCUGUGUAUUAUUAUUAGUUCAACGAAUCUUAUUCGAAUCAUACGUCGAGUGUAUCAGUUAAAACGAGACAGUGAAGAAAAUCAACGUACAACUUCAAUACUGCGGGAAAACGAGCCAUUAAUUGAACAUAAUGAUGAUGAUGAUGAUGACAGUACUGCGCAUUUGAACCAAAUAUCAAUUAACUCAGCGUUAUCAGAAACAUUAGCAUUGGAAGUAGAUACGCAAUUAUUUCGUCAUGCAGUUCUCGUUGGUCUACUAAAUAUCAAUGCCUUCGUCUGCAUAUCAGUUUUACUCUGGUCGAUUGUAGUCACCAAUCAUGAUGGUGUUUAUUAUGAAUUACAAUUUCUGGACACAGCUUUAUUGCACGGUCAAGGUAUCGUAACAUUUCUCGUUUUUGCUCUUGAUGCUGAUUUAUUACUACCCAUACGUCGAAAAAUUAUUAAAUUAUUGAAUCGCUUUGGCUGGAAAAUUACUUGUGAUGCCGAUGGCGUGCAUCGUAAGCCAGUCCAUAAGCAGCGAGCACUUGAUUUUGAACAUCGAAUUCGGCCAGAUUUCAUUCGACAUUCCAUAUCAACACAGAGUAUGAGUAACUCAUUAGAUACAAUGGAAACGAUAUUUAACGGAAAUGAUUUUUGCCAGUGGCUUGUUUCGAAUGGUUAUCUCGAGAAUGAUGUGAGAGCCCAAGACUACUGUCAAGAAUUAGUGAAUCAAGAUUUGGUAGUUACGUUCAAUUUCGAAAUAAUGGGCUCGAAAUCAUCGAAACGGAAUUCGGUUAAUGACCAACCAUUAAGUCGAGAAACCAUCGAAGAACUUUGUCAAGAUACAGGUUUUACUGAAGAAGAAUUGCUCACGUGGCACACAAACUUCUACAAAGAUUGUCCCGAUGGGAAAUUAACAUUGAAGCAUUUUGAACAAGAGUACGCCAGAAUCAUGGGUAAACCAACACAAAAAACGGCAAACUACGUCCGACAUAUGUUCAGUGUUUACGAUCAAGAUAAAAAUCAAUUUAUUGAUUUCAAAGAAUUUGUAAUGGCACUGUCUGCUGCAUCAGUUGUUAAUCGUUUACGUCUUGUCGAGACACUUUUUCACGUCUUUGACUUAGACAAUGACGGUAAAAUAACAAAAGAUGAAAUCGCCAAAAUGUUACACACUCUUGUCGAUGUGACAAAUUCCAAUCAGAAACGUCGUCAACGCCGACAUCAAACAACAAAUCAAACUGAACAUGCCAAAACAAUCGAUAUACAAAAACGCGUUGACGAUGCAUUUAAUGAACUGAAUGCAAAUGACGAUGAUCACAUAACAAAAGACGAAUUUAUCGAAUGGUAUAUGAAAUCAGGUUUAUUAUCUGAAGUUCAAACAAAUGAACUCGAUGUUCCCGAUACGUCACGUAUUCAACAUUUAGGCAAAAAAUCGCGAAAAUUUAUGAAACAGUCAUCAAAUACCAAGUCAACACCUGAUCAUGAAGAGAAUGGUCAACGUUUACCUCAAUUAGUUCGACACAUGUCCAGAAUGACUGAACGACGAGUGCCGACCAAAUAUGAUGAUGAUGACGACGACGACGACAUUGAGAAUGACUUUCGUGCGCUGAGUAGCAGUAACAAUGUUACGACAGUCUCAGCGCGACAUUAUCAUGAUGAGAAUGGUAUUGACGGCAGAGUCAAUCGGCCGACUAUUCGUAUAACAACGGUUUCAGAUGAUACUGAUUCGCAACUUUCCAAAGAAAACGAGCGGUGGCAACAUUUGUUCAAUUCCGUUCUCGGACAAAUACGUGCACAACGUACUACCAAUGCUGAAUCGCCGACGACGAACAAUUUAGCAACUUCAUCUAGUUUUCAAUCGUGGAAACGCGAAGGUGAAGAAAAACUCAAAUCGGAAUACAUUCGCCAAAAAUCGACAGACACUUCCACGUCUAAUCGGUCAUUUCUAUCCACAAAAAAUGAUAUUGAACUCAAACCAAACCGUCAAAUAUAUGAAAACCAACCACCAGCAUCUCCAGACAUUGUUAGUGUUCGAUUAUAA